CAGUGAUGACAAGCAGCAUAAAAGCCAAUUUUUGCAUUUAUUUUUUGUGCUGAAAAAAAUCGAAGCACUCCGACGAACCGGGAAUUGAAAUCUCGGGAAAAAUCUCCCCAUUUCGUCCAUCGUGUCUAUCCGUAUUGUUUUCCAGUAGGCCUUUGGCGAGCUGAUUUCACACGCGUGUGCUAUUUGUUUUCUAUCGCAAGCGUUUACCCGAGCACGCUCUACCGCUGACGACAAGCCGGGCACGACGAACCUUUGGCGGAAGGAUACCGAGUUGAGGAAGCGAACGCAUCAUACAAACAGCAUACGAAAGUGCAUCUUCGUAAGCCCCCCAAAAAAAAAAGAAAGCCCACAAGCGUGAUACUACGCGAAACAGCAACCAUUGUAGUGGUCUUCCAUUUGGAAAAGCGUUUAACUUAAGUUUCUACUACGUUUUCGUUGUUUUCUCCACUGUUUCAUCAUCGCCACCAUCCCUCCAACAGAGGAACACCCACCCGCUGGAGCAGGCACUUGAGGUGGAAAGAAAAUCAAUGUUUUAGAAACAAUUCACAUUUUGACGCAGUUUGUGUGUGCGUGUAUGUAUGUGUUAAUAGUAAGCUUGUGAAAUUCACACCAAUGCUUUAAUGGUGACGAGUUGGAAAAAAGUACAAUUCAGAAAUAGGGCACUUUUUGUAAUAAGCCAUCGAUCUGAAGCUUAGUUCAGAUUCAUAGCGUAGAGAUUCCAUUUUUUAUGCAGUGACGAUACGUGAUGUUAUGCUAACUUUUGCCAUCAUCGCCACACUCGAGUUGUUUGGGUUGCUGCGACGCGUUUGUUCGCAAAGACUUUUACCAUAUCAGCAUACAAUUGUUGAGCAGGAGCAUAGUUUGUGACUGUCCUUGGUGAAUUCGAACGGCACUGUAGACAGCGUUGGAUUAACCAUGGAAACCACCGAACGAACCGCGUCUACCGUUGCAAGCGGCAACAAGAAAUUCGCUUUCAGUGUGGAAGAGGCCCAACAUUCCUUUAAGACCACCGAUAAGAAUAUUACAGUGGUGUGUACCGAGGGCAAACAUGAUCGUGGCAGUUCGAAGAUCAAGCUGGUCAAUGUGGUCAACUUCAAAUGGGAACAGAAAAACUACCCCGGACGGUUGAUAGCAUGUCACAAGGAUUGUUUUCUGCUUGCCUACUCGAUUCGAGUAACGAAACAGUCCAAGAGUGAAAGUAUGGUGCGCGUUGCGCAUCUGGAUCUGCCCGAACGGGCUCUGAUUAAAGGGCUGUCGGAUGAAAUUCUCGACCUGCAGUUCUCGCACAACAACACCUACGAUUGUUUGCUCGGCAUUAUCGAACGGACGACACUGCACGUGUACAAGGUGCUGGUGAAAGGUGAAAAGGUGUCCACCACGCUCAAGGUGAAAAUCGUCGAUCCGCUCGAUGGGCACGCGCCGGUAUGUGACCGCAUAACGUGGUGCCCGUACAUGAGUGACGGUGCCGAUUAUAGCGAUGAUUUCGCCAAGGAGCUGCUCGUGUGGACCCGCGGUUCAACGUUCCAGUGCUACAGUAUAAGUGCGCUGGCGAAAUCGUACAUCGACACUACGGAUCUGAAAGCGUCCGAUAUAGAAGAGGGUGGCUUUAAAGCGAACGAUGGUGACGCAACCAUUACGGGCAGUGUGUUUUCCGACGAUGGUACCACACUAGCGCUCAGCUCUAGCGAUGGGCUCAUCCGUUUCUAUCAGGUGUACCAGCAUGCGAACGAUCGUUCACCGAGACGAUUGCAUCUGUGGAAACCGCACGAUGGUAAACCGAUCACCAGCUUCUUCUUCCUGGACAAUUACACCGAAACGGUGAACAAUAAAACGAUCUGGAAGCAUGCGAUCACGUGCGCGGAAAACAACUCCGAAAUUAAGGUGUGGUGCUGCGAAUCCUGGGAAUGUUUGCAAACGGUCCGCCUAACGUCUCCGAUCGCCGAUGCAUCGCUUCACUUUAAGGCGGAAAUUGACAUAUCCUCCACGUAUCUGGUGCUGACCGAACGUAACACGCGUAAAAUUUACGUGCUGCAGAUACGGAAAGGAAAGGGUGCCACUUCACCCGAAUCCGAAACGGAGGUACCAUCGAAAAAGAGCAUUCUGACGAAGAAAGGGGCACGCGCAAUCGUUCAACCUUACAUCGUAUCGAUCGCAGAGUAUCCACUGUCGGCAUCCGUUCUUGGAUUUGCCAUACUUUAUGCAGCUGCUGGCACCUCGAAGUACGGCGAUUAUGACGACGAAGACGAUGACGAUCAAUCGGCACCGAAGUGUGUUGUAAUUCGUAUGUUUUUAGUACAACCAAAUAAUCUACAGGACUGUACGCUUAUGUACGAAGCGAUACCGGAAAGUGAGUGCGAUUCGCUUGCGAAGGAGCUAACUUGCGAGACGGACCGGGAUGUGGACGUGACGGAAAGUCAAGAAAAUUCUUCCUCCGCCUCAUCGUCCGCUUCGAACGAAACGACGGACAACAAUGUAUCGCAUCCGCCAUCGGAAGAAGACGAUGGUGGUGGUGUUGGUGAUGGUGGUACGGCAUCGAAAGGGAAACCGGCAAAGGUGGACAUUAAAAACGGUGAUGCCGACGAUGACGGAUCGGACAAUCCCGAUGUGGUGGAGGAUCCGAUAGCGCUGAAAAUGGCUGAAGCAGCACAAAAGCUAACGGAUGUGUUUGUCGGAAUCCGCACGGUACAAUCAUCGGCGGAUAGAACGAUCGUUGGAGGUACGAGUGCACCGACAACACCGGCCAGUAGCACCAAAGUGAAUCUUAUGACACCGGAUUCCUUUAGUACGCCUGCCAGCGGUAGCCGAUCGGCGGGAAAGGAAAACCUUAAAGAUGUGCGCAUUAUCAACCUUUCGGAGCUGCCCUAUCCCGAAAUGGAAACGAUCAUGAAUCAGUACGAUAGGCGUGCUGCGGGUAGACGGCGCGGUCGGGGGUCAACGACCACCAACGUGACCACCGCCACAUCGACCGGUGUUGCAAGGAAACCCAAUUCAUCCGUCACUAGCACGGCCAGCGCAAAUGGCAGCGUGUCUAGCGAUGGUAGUAGCUCCGACGACGAAGACGAGCCAGAAGAAGAGGGCGGUGGCAACACCAGCGUCGCGUCGGUUGCCGGUUCGGAACGAAUCGCAAACAUUACCGAUGAUCCGGACGAUAACGGGGAAGAAGAGGAAGAGGAGGACGAUACGGACGUGGAGCCAAAAGUUGUAUCUUCGCAGGGUAAAAAGAACAGUGGGAAGUUGGGUUUUGCGAUAGCGAACGGUGUCGGAAGCACAGCCGAACAGUCGAAAAACAGAAAGGGAGUUCACCCAGCGGGAACCGGCCAGCCGGCAGGUGUCCUUAACGUUUCGCGGACAUCAUUAAACAUGGAACAUUUUACUAAAAUACUUACACUUGACGAAACGGAACCACCGACGGUUCGAGAAAAAAUAAAAAGCGACGAAUCCGUGAAGCCGGAAGUACUCAAUACGCUGUUCAUGCUGGCAAAGGCCACACAGCAACAUCAGCAGACAGAACCGGCAGCUGCAGUGACGGAGCUGAUGGCAUCCGUUGAUACAAAGUCCAAUCAACCCAUCGUACUGCCGACGACGGAAAAGCUCGAACUCGCGUUCGUGAACAUGAUGAAAAGUUUGACCGAGCAAUCGGAAGAAAAUGCAAAUGGUAAAACAAAGCACCGGAACUCAACCAACGGACCUGCUAGUAUGGCACAGGAGAGCGUAAUAGAUACUCCAACAGUACCACCGAUGCCAUCCGCGGAAAUGCUUGCCAGCGGUGGUUCGAGCCCGAGCCGGGAGGUGCAACAAAUUAUGUCUACCAAGGGUCCAGUGAUCAGCAUGGUUGAGGAUCUGUUCAUGUAUGCGUGCGUAGAACGGAAAGACGAUUACGAAGAUGAAGAUGAUGAAGAGGAAGGUGUUGUUAAUGUGACUGAUCGGUUCGAUGAGGAGGACGGUGUCGUGGUCGUAGCGAACGGUACCGACGACAAUCCGGAUGAAGUGGAUGAGAAAGACGGAGAAACGGAUGGGCCGGACACGAGUGUAUUAUUAUCGGAGGAAAAGGCAGCAGCUGCUGUUUCUGCCCUGAAAGAACCCAUUCCAGACAUUAGCACCGUUGAGCUGCUGGAGGUAACUCAUGUCCCCAAGCGCAACAAAGAAUCCACCCUGAACAACAGUCCUAGCGAAGGAAAGGGAAAAGUAGAACCGAACGAUGAAUCUUCAUCGUCCAACUUUUGGCCAUCGAAAGUACCGACCGAUGUACCGGUGAUCGGUGAUAACGAUCCGAAACCAUCGCCAGCCCGUGAGCGGCCGGUCACGGUCGUUCAUGUGCCAGAUUCGUCGAAACAAAUUGCCGAACUGAGUGGCAAGCUGGACCGGAUGAUGGAGCUGAUGCUGGUACAGUCACAACAGAUCGGGGAGCUAAACAUGCAGCUCGAAGCGAUGAAGAAAUCGAAAGCGGAAGAGCAACGGCGCUGGAACAUGACGCUGAAUCGCUUCAGCCAAACGUUUCCGAAGACAAUCGAAACGCAGCUGUCCGCGCUGCUCGUGCAGCAAAUGCUGAAGGUGGAGCAAACGGUGAUGGCUUGCUUUAACAAUCAGCAGGCCCGGCUGGGCGAAACACUAACGCACCUACCUCAGGCGAUAAUGGUUCAGCUGACGAGCCAGUUGACGCCGGUGUUGAUACAGGAGAUGCAGAAACGGCUGGUACCGCCCAUUAUCGGCAAGCUGGACGUGGUGCAACGUGCAAUAAGCAUGGAACUGGCGGAAAAGCUGCUCGCAAACGAAGGAGCAAUGCGCGACACCAUACAGCGAACGAUACGCAGCGAGCCUGUCACGAAAGCGAUGGCCGCUGCUAUACAUUCCGGAAUGCGGCCAGUAUUGCUAGAAGUUUAUCAACAAUCAUUGCGAGAAGUCAUACUGCCCACCUACAACGUCGCCUCGAAGGAACUGUUCCGACAACUUAGCGCAGCAUUCACGCAUGGCACUGUACAGCUAAUGGUGAAGAUUGACGGUCAUCUCGACCGGGUGGCAAAGAUGGAAGAAGUUGCGACCGGCUGUCUAGAGAUAAUACGCAAAAUGCCGAAUGAGCUUGGAUCCGCCGCGGACGAUAUAAUUAAAAAUGCUGUCCGAGUGGUACGGCAGGGCGUGGAAAAGGAUAUCCGUGCGCUAGAAACGACACUGCUGAAGUCGAUACGCGAUCACAUCGGGCAAGAGAUCGAGAAGGGUUUCGAGGCGCAAACAUCCUCGCUGGAAGAUUCCGUCCUGUCGGUGGUACGGUCCCAGGCACAGACACCCGCACCGAGUAAUAUGGACGUGCAGGACCAGAUCAAGCAGUAUCUUAGCGGGGGCCAGAUCAACAAAGCGUUCCACAAGGCACUGCUCUCGAACGAUCUGAGUCUGGUGGAGUUUCUGCUUGAGCGGGCCGACCACAAGCAGGUGUUUAAUCCGUGUCCACUCGAGCAGACGGUACUGCUGUCGCUGAUACAGCAAGUAUCCGCUGAUAUGAGCAACUACAAUGAACUAAAGCAGAAGUAUUUGUCGGAUGCGAUAGUUAGUCUAAACUUUCAAGAUCCGAUCACGAAGGAACACUCACCGAAGGUGAUAAUGGAGCUGAUAAACAACUGUCAGAAGUUUAUGUCCGACAACCCCUCCAAUCCGCUUUGUACCGGUAUCAAAAUGUUGGUCAUUGCCGCACAGUACAUGGGCUACAAGAACAUCUGAUAUCUGCUCAAGUAGCAGCAGCAGCAGCAGCAACAAAAACGGCAAACCAAGACUGACGGCACCUGAAUUCAUUCAAAUCCCGACUCUCCCUCUGUCUUUGUAAACCUCAAGCAAUCGAAUUAAUCAUUUUUAAUUUUAAAUCCAUUUUCAUACCACGAAAAAGACAAGCUACAUAGGUGAGAAAAAGGGAUGCCAGUUUGGAACCAUUUGUUAUUUCU